UAUAAAACUGAAGCAUAAGGAGAAUAGAAGUUUGAUCUUGCUCUGAUGUCCAUCCUUGAGAAAAUGUCAACAGCAGAUCUGAUGGAGAAUCUGAGGGAAGAACUCACUUGCUUCAUCUGCUUGGACUAUUUCAAAAGCCCUGUGACCACUGAGUGUGGGCACAGCUUUUGUCUGAUGUGCCUCCUCAAGAACUGGGAGGAGCAUAAAACACCGUUGUCUUGUCCUGAGUGCUGGAGGACUUUGGGGGGCCCUCAUUUCCAGCCCAAUGAGCGACUGGGGAGGCUGGCUAGCAUUGGCAGGCUUCUCAGAUCUCAGGUCCUGCAAUGUGAGGACGAUUUAAGCAACUGUGGGAGGAUGGUGGCAGCCACUCGAAUAUUGAGUGAUGACGAGCAGAGUAUCACAACUUUGUCAACUCAAAGUCAUGGAAUAAACAGAGUACAUCUUUCAAGUGAGGCUGAGGAUCAGCACAAAGAAAAGCUCCAAGAAAUCCUAAAUCUUUUGCAUAAAAAGAAAAAGGAAGCUCAAGCUGUACUGACCCAUGAGAAGGAGAGAAUGAUAUUGUGUAAGGAAGAGACAAAGACUUUUAAACAGGUGGUCGUGUCUGAAUAUAUGAAAAUGCACCAGUUCCUGAAGGAAGAGGAGCAGCUCCAACUGCAACUUCUAGACAAGGAGGAAAGAGAGAACUUGGUGAAACUGCGGGAUAAUGAAAUCAAGCUGACCCAGCAAGUCAGACACCUCAGCAAAAUGAUUGGGCAGAUUGAGUCUACGUAUGAGAACUCAGAUUUAGAUUCUUUUGAGGAAGUAAGAGGAGCCCUGGAAAGGAGCGAGUCACGGCUGCUUCAGUGUCCAGAAGCCACCACCACACAACUGAGUCAGUGCCGCGUCACUGGAAUGAGGGAGAUGCUAAGAAAAUUCAACACAGAGAUCACUCUGGAUCCAGCCACAGCUAAUGCCUACCUCGUCUUGUCUCAGGAUUUGAAAAGUGUGAGAUAUGGAGGAAGCAGACAGCAGUUACCUGACAACCCAGAACGAUUUGACCAGUCUGCAACUGUGCUGGGAACUCAGAUCUUCACCAGUGGGAGACACUACUGGGAGGUGGAAGUGGGAAAUAAGACAGAGUGGGAAGUAGGCAUCUGCAAGGACUCAGUGAGCAGAAAGGGGAACCUCCCAAAGCCCCCCGGAGACCUCUUCUCACUUAUAGGUUUAAAAAUUGGAGAGGAUUAUAGUCUGUGGGUCUCCUCACCUCUGAAAGGGCAACAUGUCCGGGAGCCCGUGCAUAAGGUUGGUGUUUUCUUAGACUACGAAUGUGGACAUAUAGCAUUCUACAAUGUGACAGAUAAAUCUCUCAUCUAUAGUUUUCCUCCAGCCCCUUUCCAAGAUGCACUCAGGCCUAUCUUUUCCCCUUGUCUCCCAAAUGAAGGGACAAACACAAACCCUCUUACCAUCUGCUCACUGAAUAGCUGCAACUGAGAGUCAUGUCCCCAAGCCUCCGCCAGGGAGGAGGUCCAGGACCACCAGAUGACUAUUCAUAAAAAUGAUGAAUGCAUUGCAGAUCCUCAUAUCAGGUUAUCUGAAAGAGACUUUCCUCUUAAGACUUUCUGUGAAUCCAAGCUCACAAUGAAAAGUCAAUUAGAAAAUCAAAUUUAACAUCAAUCAAAGAAAGCUGAUCAUAUCCAGCAUCUUUAACUAAACUCUCUAGACUGCCCCAUGUAUUUGCUGAUCACUCCAAAUAUAGACCUGGAAAUAGGCUUAUGAUUCUGAAUCCUAUUCUCAGAGGCCAGUUUUAUAAGUAUAUGUCAUUUUUUAAAGUACAUUUUUUUUCACUCACAACUGUGCAGUUUGAAUGUGUGUUUGUCCUAUAUGCAAAGAUCUGUAUGUGGGAGCAAUUUUUAA